ACCCACCAGUUUAAAGUUAAUUUUGACCAAUAAUAACUGGAACAUUGAUCAACAUGUCUGAUAUGUGGCAUAUGGUGAUAUAUGAUGGUACUGGACAAAAUGUGUGUCUCUGGUUUCAAAAUUUGUCACUUUAUGAUGUUUUUACAACCAUUUAUGUAUAUUUUUAUAAUAUAAAUCACUUUGAAUUACCAUGUUUCUGCAAUAUACCAUACAAAUAAACUUGAUCCAUUGAUUGCUGUAGUUACAUUUCUAAAACAGGACAACCAGACUCCCUCUUUAUAUCAUCCAUUUGGUUAAUCAUCUUCCAGACUUUCCCUAAGGCAGAUUUUUCUGUUCUUCCUGCUGUUAAACACGCCUUAAUGCUGAGUUGAUCCAAAGUCUGCUGAGGUGAAAGCUGAUUGGCUGCAGCCCCUCUGCACUGACACCUGAUUUACAGACAAAAGUUCAAACCUGUUUCUGUUUUCAGGAAAUGAAACUCACAGUCACUGUGACUGAAAGCAGAAAUGGAGCAGAAUCAGCUCGACCGAGAAACGUUCUCCUGUUUGAUCUGUCUGGAUCUACUGAAGGAUCCGGUGACUACUUCCUGUGGACACAGCUACUGUAUGAACUGUAUUAAAACCCACUGGGAUGGAGAGGAUUGGAAGAGGAUCCACAGCUGCCCUCAGUGCAGGGAGACAUUCAUACCGAGGCCUGUGCUAAAGAAGAACACCAUGCUAGCAGCUUUAGUGGAGCAGCUGAAGAAGACUGGACUCCAAGCUGCUCCUGCUGACCACUGCUAUGCUGGACAUGAAGAUGUGGCCUGUGAUUUCUGCACUGGAAGAAAACUGAAAGCCAUCAAGUCCUGUUUAGUCUGUCUGGCCUCUUUCUGUGAGAAACACCUUCAGCCUCAUUAUGAUUCAGCUGCUUUUAAGAAACACAAGCUGGUGGAGCCGUCCAAGAACCUCCAGGACAACAUCUGCUCUAAGCAUGAUAAGUUAUUGGAGAUCUUCUGCCGCACCGAUCAGAAGUGUGUCUGUUAUCUCUGCACCAUGGAUGAACAUAAAGGUCAUGACACAGUCUCAGCUGCAACAGAAAGGACUGAGAGACAGAGAAAGCUGGAGGAGAGACGAGGAAACAUCCAGCAGAGAAUCCAGGACAGAGAGAAAGAUGUGAAGCUGCUUCAACAGGAGGUGGAGGCCAUCAAUCGCUCUGCUGAUAAAACAGUGGAGGACAGUGAGAAGAUCUUCACUGAGCUGAUCCGUCUCCUCCAGAAAAGAAGCUCUGAUGUGAAGCAGCAGAUCAGAUCCCAGCAGGAAACUGAAGUGAGUCGAGUCAAAGAGCUUCAGGAGAAGCUGGAGCAGGAGAUCCCUGAGCUGAAGAGGAAAGACGCUGAGCUGGAGCAGCUCUCACACACAGAGGAUCACAACCAGUUUCUCCUCAACUAUCCCUCACUGCCAGCACUCAGUGAGUCUACACACUCAUCCAGGAUCAACGUCCGUCCUCUGAGACACUUUGAGGACGUGACAGCAGCUGUGUCAGAGCUCAGAGAGAAACUACACGACGUCCUGAGAGACUCAUGGACAAACAUCUCACUGAUGGUCACCGAGGUGGAUGAUUUACAACCAGAACCAGAACCAAAGAGCAGAGCUGGAUUCCUAAAAUAUUCAUGUGAAAUAACUUUGGACCCAAACACAGCAAACACACGACUGGUACUAUCAGAGGGGAACAGGAAGGUGACACUGAUGAAUCAACAUCAGUCUUAUUCUAGUCACCCAGACAGAUUCACUGUUUAUUAUCAGGUUCUGAGUAGAGAGAGUCUGACUGGACGUUGUUACUGGGAGGUUAAGAGGAGCAGGUUUCAGGUUCGUAUAGCAGUCGCACACAAGAAUAUCAGCAGAGCAGGAGGUGGGAAUGAAUGUGGAUUUGGAUUUAAUGACAAAUCUUGGGCAUUACAGUGUUCCCAAAACAGUAUUCGAUUUUUUCACAACAACAUCUGGACCCCCAUCUCAGGUCCAGUUUCCUCCAGAGUCGGAGUGUACCUGGACCACAGAGCAGGUAUUCUGUCCUUCUACAGCGUCACUGAAACCAUGACUCUCCUCCACAGAGUCCAGACCACAUUCACUGAACCGCUACUGGCUGGAGUUUGGGUUGGUCAUACGAUAAGAGACUCUGUGGAGUUCUGUAAACUCAGAUAGAUUUCCUCUCUUCACUCUGAUUGUUGGUCAGAUUAAUGGUUCUGGUGUUUUCUCUUCUGUUCUGUUCUUCUUUAUUUUUCAGCUUUAAAUGUAGAUCUCUGUGUUCCAGGAGCCAUGAAGGAAAUCACUGCUGAUGUUUUUAUUUUUAAAUGACAGAAAGAUAUACAGUAUCUCCACAUGAAAAUGUAAACAUUCCUGGAUGCUUAUAGUUUUACUUUAAUAUUUGUAUUAAUGUACUUUGAUGUUCUGGUUUCUCAUGUUGUUUAAAUCUGUUAAUAUUGAAAUGAACUGAAGUAGCUUCUUUUUUCUUUAUUUUGAUCCAAAUAAGAAACUGAAUCUAACAUCAAUUUAGAACUGAUGCUGUUUUCUUCUCAGUUCUUUAGGGGGUUGAAUGCUUUUGAACAAAGUAUUAUUAAUUUUUUUAUUUGCAAAAAUUUUUUUGAAUUCUGUAUAAUUUUCUAUCCACUUCACAGUUGUAUACAACACUGUGUUGGUCUUUCACAUUAAAUUCCAAUCAAAUAUAUUUAUGUUUGUGGUUGUAAUGUGACAAUCCAGAACGCUGCAGCUGGAGUUCUGACUAAAACCAGGAAGACAGAGAACAUGACCUCUAUUCUCAGAGCAGGUAUUCUGUCCUUCUACAGCGUCUCUGAAACCAUGACUCUCCUCCACAGAGUCCAGACCAGAUUCACUGAACCGCCACUGGCUGGAGUUUCUGUUGGUCAUACAAUAAGAGACUCUGCAGAGUUCUGCAAACCCAAUUAAAUUUUCUCUCUGAUUGUUGAUCAGGGUUCAUAGUUCUGAUGUCUCUGUUGUUCUGUUCUUUAUUUUUCUUUUUUUAAAUGUAGUUCUCUGUGUUCCAGGAGCCAUAAAGGAAAUCACAGCUGAUGUUUUCUAUCACUCUGAUAUGACACAGAAAUUUCUUCACAUGAAAAUCUGAGCUUCUCUUGGUUCUAAUAGUUUUGUUUCAAUAUGUAUAUUGAUGCAUUUGGAUGUUCUGGUUUCUCUUCCUUUGUUCUGCAGAACAAAUGUUCUUGAUUAAAUCAAUUGAUGCUGAAGUGAA